AUGGCAGCUCGGUCGCGUCUCUUCCUGCGCCUGCUCAUCAACUGCAUAGUGCAGUAUGAGCUCAUCCAAACAGUGGACAAUAUUCUCUUCUUCUCCUCACACAGUCGUCACGAGGACAUUGUCAUCGCCACAGCCGCGCAUUCGCUCUCGGCCGCAGUCAAUCGCAGUCUGCUUCAACAGUCUGCCAACUCGGAGGAGCGGCGCCUGCCGGAGGCGACGAUACCUGACACUUCGGCCUCGGAGAAUGAUGAACUGGUAAACGGAGAGCUACCCAUGAACAAGCGAGCCACAUACCCCUAUGUUUCCGUCGAAAAUCGUCUUCUACUCAUAAACUGUCUCCUUGAGUCGCACCAAUUUGCAAAGGCCUUUAAUUCAAAUGUAGAACAGCGGAACAUCCUCUGGGAAGCUGGUUUUAAAGCGAAGGCGAAACCAAAUCUUCUGAAACAGGAAACUCAUAGUCUUUCCACAGCUCUCCGAAUUCUGUUUCGCAUGGGAGAUGAGAAUACUUCGACACAGGAGCAGAUUGAUUCGCUCUUGGAGAAGACCAUCGCCGAUGCUGUAACUUACUACCGCGGUUUGAUCACUGAUGGUCACCGCCAGGCCUGGGACAGUUGUAUGCUCCUCUUGAUGGUGCGCCUGGUAAACAUGAAGUCACAGGAUCGCUUUGACCGCAUGCGGCGCCACCUCUACACGCACUUCUGUGAUCUCAUCGCCCUGCCUAACCUCUCACCGGAGGUCUCCGUGAUGCUUCGCGCCUUUAUGCUCAGAGCCGGUGGAGGUAGUCAGUAG